AUGCGAUCGCCGGCGCCAGUUGCCUCGACCCACAGUUACACAACAUCACAAACAAUAACAGACAGAGGAAAGGACGUUCCUGACCUACAAGCUAAGGAGAUCAAUAUGUUAGUUAACAAGGCUGUUCAAUUCGCCGUGCUAGCAGCAGCGGUGCUGUUGGAAAGCACGACUGACGCAGCCACAUCUGCCGCCGUAAAAAUCUGCGGUCGUCAACUCAGUGAAUUUAUGAGCAAAGUCUGCCACGCUUACAACAGUCCUUCCUGGGAUGUACCUACAGUUGUUGAACAGCCUGGUGGAGUAGCACGGAGAAGAAGACAAGUAGGCAUAGCUGAUGAGUGCUGUAUCGUUGGAUGUACUUUAAACCAGCUCAACGAAUACUGCUCUAUUAGUGCCUUUUCACAAUCACCACUAGAAGAUAUGGAAGCUCACAUAAUUGCAGACCGGUCAGCAGAGCAAGGAGCGUCGGAGUCGAAAGACGCAGGUCCAGCAGAGGCAGUGGCACUACCUGCGGGCCUCGUAAAAAAUGCAGUGCAUCGCGCUGCGCCCGUAGUGGGCACCAUAUCACCACUCAUCACAUGGGGGCGGACUCUCAACACUGACCCCUCCGCCAGUCGCAACAACUACGCAUACGUCGUCUACACGUAA